AUGAACUCGGCUGCUACUGGCUAUAUUAUCAUAGAUGAUAAUGGUCAGUUUGUAGUUGCUGGUGCAAAAAGAGUUGGUUCCUCAAGUGUUCCAACAGUUGAAGUUGCUGCUUUAAGGGAAGGACUUCUAAAAGCAAGAGAUAAGCACAUCAAGAUAAUGGUAGAAGAAGACUCAAAGUUGGUGAUUGAUUGCAUUAAGGGCACUUGUGCUACCCCUGGGAGACUCAAGAAAAUGGUUCAAGACAUUAAGCAAAUAUGCAAAUAUUUUGAGAGUUGUUGUUUUCAACAUGUUUUUCGAGAAGCUAACUUCUCGGCGGAUGCCCUUGCAAACUUAGAUCACACAAGCAACAUGCAUAUUGACUUGGAAGGAUCUUGUCCUCUUCAGAUUGGAAAUGCUUUAUUAUUUGACCGCUUGGGGUUAAGACCGUCAGGUUGUACUCGAGAUUCUAUUUUGUAA